AUGGCGGCUCCAAGCCCGAGCGGCGGCAGCGGGAGCGGCUCUCCCGGCGCCGUGGGGCCCCCCGGGCCAGGCCACACGGCCGUCAGCAGCAUGCAGGGCUUUCAGAUAAACUUCUGUGAAAAGGCACAAAGUAAACGUAAAGCACUGAAGCUGAAUUUUGCAAAUCCACCUUUCAAAUCUACAGCACGAUUUACCUUGAAUCCUUCAGGAGUUCAAAACCCACACAUAGAGAGACUGAGAACACACAGCAUUGAAUCAUCAGGAAAACUGAAGAUCUCCCCCGAACAGCACUGGGAUUUCACUGCAGAGGACUUGAAAGACCUUGGAGAAAUUGGACGAGGAGCUUAUGGUUCUGUCAACAAAAUGGUCCACAAACCAAGUGGGCAAAUAAUGGCAGUUAAAAGGAUUCGGUCUACAGUGGAUGAAAAAGAGCAAAAACAGCUUCUUAUGGACUUGGAUGUGGUGAUGCGAAGUAGUGAUUGCCCAUAUAUUGUUCAGUUUUAUGGAGCACUCUUCAGAGAGGGUGACUGUUGGAUCUGUAUGGAACUCAUGUCUACCUCGUUUGACAAGUUUUACAAAUAUGUAUAUAGUGUAUUAGAUGAUGUUAUUCCAGAAGAAAUUUUAGGCAAAAUCACUUUAGCAACUGUGAAAGCACUAAACCACUUAAAAGAAAACUUGAAAAUUAUUCACAGAGACAUCAAACCUUCCAAUAUUCUUCUGGAUAGAAGUGGAAAUAUUAAACUCUGUGAUUUUGGCAUUAGUGGACAACUUGUGGACUCCAUUGCCAAAACAAGAGAUGCUGGGUGCAGGCCAUACAUGGCACCUGAAAGGAUAGACCCAAGUGCAUCAAGACAAGGAUAUGAUGUUCGUUCUGAUGUGUGGAGUUUGGGGAUCACACUGUAUGAGCUGGCUACGGGCCGAUUCCCUUACCCAAAGUGGAACAGCGUAUUUGAUCAGCUGACACAAGUAGUAAAAGGAGACCCCCCACAGCUGAGUAAUUCCGAGGAAAGGGAAUUUUCCCCAAGCUUCAUUAACUUUGUCAACUUGUGCCUUACAAAGGAUGAAUCCAAAAGGCCAAAGUAUAAAGAACUUCUGAAACAUCCCUUUAUUUUGAUGUAUGAAGAGCGCACAGUGGAGGUUGCAUGCUACGUUUGUAAAAUCCUGGAUCAAAUGCCAGCAACUCCCACCUCUCCCAUGUAUGUUGAUUGAUAUUGCUGCUACGUCAAACUCUAGAAAAAGGGCUGAGAGGAAACAAGAUGUAAAGAAUUUUCAUCCAUCACAGUGUUUUUAUUGCUUGCCCAGACACCAUGUGCAAUAAGAUUGGUGUUCGUUUCCAUCAUGUCUGUAUACUCUUGUCACAUAGAAAGUGCAUCCCUAUAAUAUCUGAUUGAUCACACAGUGUUAGUGCUGGUCAGAGAGACCUCAUCCUACCCUUUUGUGAUGAGCAUAUUCAUGAUAUGUGGAAGUCAGUAUAAUUGAUCUAUUGAUAGUGAUUGGAUUGCGUUUUAAAUUCAUUUCUAGACUCAAAACUUGGAGAUGCAGCUACUAGAAUGGUGUUCUCAAAUUCCCAAAUGUUUUAAGAAGGAGGCAACAUAAGUGUGCCAUGUGCGAAUGUAGAGAUGUAGGACUGAAUGAGAAGAGCUGGCAAGGCCAGUGAGACACACAGCGCCUUCUGAAGUUGAACGACAAAGGAGGAAUUUAUUUUCUUCACUAAGUGCAAUAGAUUUACUGAUUUGAUGUUCUGUUGCUUUACAGUCACCAUGUAUGUUCUGGGUCAGUGUGCUCAACCGAAUUUCCUGUUCAAAUGAAAUAUAUUAAAUUAGAGUGACUGUCGUUACCAAAAAAAAUGUUGCGUUGAAAGAGACUAACAUUAAAACCCUGAGACAGGACAGAAUGUGUUCUUUUUCUCCUUUCCCAAUACAGCUUUUCUUCAUUGGGAAGAUCCCGGAGUUUGCCACUUUUCAUAGAAGGUGCUGACCCUAAGAAUCUUUGAUUUAUUAGAAUUCAGUGUGCUGCCAAAAUGAUGCUCCACCUACCACAAACCCCCAGGAUUAAAAGAAAACAGUGCAAAGGGCAAAGUUGAACUUUUUUUUUUUUAAAUCCUAAGGUCUUCUCCCAGGCAACUUAGUAAUUCUAGUUCUGACUCUCCUUUGCUCUAGGCCGAUACUUUUCUAGACAUAAUGUACUGAUAGAUGAGAGGAACAAAUUGCUUUGGUUGUUUAGGUAGAAGUUUGUUUCCUACAAACAGCACAGGAUUUGCUUCUAGUCAUCCCUGUUCUCCAGAACUUCAGUUCCUGAAAAAUUCGCUUCAUGUGGCUGCCUGUGGUUGCUAUAUUACCAUUUGCUUAAUCUACUAUAUUUGAAACUUUCAUCGUGUGUGUAUUUUUUUAUUUGCCUCAAACUUCCAUAACAAUAGCCUUUAGCCCCGAUUAUAACUUGUGAUAUAUUUUAAUAUUAUAGGGGUUAGGAAGUAUGGCACACUGGAUAGUGUGAUAAAAGAAUCUUUUUUUUUUUUCCUGGAAAUAAAUUUGACCAGAAGCCAAUUUGAAAUGGCUUCCUAGAAUUGGAAUUCUUGGUGGAUAAAAAAUGCCCAAAGACAGGAAGUGUUAGAAAGCCAUUUAAGUCUCCUGCCUUUUGCUAACAGGUAUCAGCCAGCCCCUCUUUGGGUGUCAGCUGUCUACCUUCUCUCUGUAUCCUGGGACACUAAAAGUUAGACUGUGUGUAGCAAAAAUUAUUGUGCAUGGUUAGAGGCAUGCUAGAGUAUAUAUUAGACAUGGUUGGGUCUGCAGGGGAUGCGUAUCCAUCACAGAACUAAAUCAUGGCAGCAAUUGCUCAUUCUCCUCCCAGGGCUUGUGAUGGAUAUUGAUAUUAGAAAAUAGAACAAUAAAGAAAGAAUGGUGCUAUUGGAAGUUACACGCCUGUAAUUUCAGAAUUUAAAAAUGGUUCUUCCUUUUUGGUCAUUAUGUAUAUUUGUCAGAGACAUGAGAAGUGACAGACAGGAUGUAUGGCUUACUUCCACUGCAUUUAAGCUAUUGCCCUUUCCUGCAUCUCUUCUGAGGGGAGUUUUCUUCUCUAUUGUCAACUUCUUCCUGUCUGGUUCAGCACGUGGUCACUUUGCUAUUUUUCUAAUGGGGAUGAAAGCAAUUCUGACUGUCCAGGAGCUAGUCUGACCAUUCUCUUGUGUGGAUGAUCUUAUAAGAGGCAAUUUAUUAGUGUAUUAAUCAUAGAUUAUUAUAAACUAUUAAGGGCAAGGAGUUUAUUACAGUGUAUCUUUAUUUUUUAAAAAAAAGGGGUAUACAGUGUUCACAGACUGUGAAAAUAGUGUAAGAACUGUACAUUGUGAGCUCUGGUUAUUUUUUUUUCUUGUACCAUAGAAAAAUGUAUAAAAAUUAUCAAAAAGCUAAUGUGCAGGGAUAUUGCCUUAUUUGUCUGUAAAAUGGAUCUUAGUAACAUAUCUGCUUCUCAGAGCUUUGGAAUAUUUUAUCCUGUAUUCUGGUUUGAAUUACUUCUCUAUUUAAGAUAUAUCAUGGAAUUGAAGUGUUUAUGUAAUAGUUCUAUCCUUUUUGCCUGCAGGUCAGUUGUAAUAAAUCUAGGAUGUGAUGAUGACCUUGUUAUUUCAUUUUCUAAGGUCAAAUAUUUAGAGUGAGAAUGAAUUAAAUACCCAUAAAAUAUUCUUCUCUCUUUCAAACUGGGGGGUGUGGGGAAAGCUCCUUCGAGGAGUGGCAAUUGCUUCUUCCAUUUAUAUAGGUUGCCAUACCCAAGAAGCUCAUCAAAUAGUCGCCUUGGUCCAUGGGUGAUAUAACACCUCUACAGGCAAACCAGUUCAUUUCUUGGUUGUCACUGGUUGUCUGUUUUCCCUAACUAACCAUCAUGUGUGGCUCUUGAAGAGUCUUGGGGUCAGGAUGACAAUGUUGGUCACAUGACCACAUUGUCGCACAACUAACCCUAGAAAUUCAUCUUGGCCUAUAUCCUUAUGUGAUUAUUAUAUAUCCUCUUUAUUCUUUAUGUUUGAUACCUUUGCUAAUAGAUUCCAGGCUGGAAACAGGUACUCCUCUAGAUACAUGCUAAUUUUCUCACAGCUGCCAUUGAGGGUUUGGUAAGUUGGUAAGGCUCAUGGGGCCUAAAGGAAGGAAACACAAACAAAACUGAAUGUCCUAAAACUAAUUUGAGGAAAGAACCUUGAACAGGCUUAUUUUAGUCUGGAUAGUUGGCAGUUUUAUCUUUCUACAUAGUUACUCAUCAAGAAAUGUCUUUUGUACCCUAACACUUGCUCCCUGGCUACAAUGCUAGCCUAUUCUGGGAGAAAAGGCUACAAAUAAUCUAGAUCUUUCAGCUAGGGAGAACAGACACUGUCUCAUUUUUCCCAGAAAAUUACAGCAUGGGCUGAUAUAAGGAAUUGAGGACUGUGAUAAGAAAGGAGGGGUGGACCUAGUGGAAUGUGGGUUAUAGUUACACAGUAGCCCAACCUUAAGAAAAUGACAAUUCAGAAUCUCCUAUACAAACUCUACAGGCCUUAACUCUCUAAACCUAAUAUGCUGAAUCUCCCUCUGCAAAUUGUUGAGGAAUACCAUAUAAGGUUUUAAAUGUUUGAUUGUGUCUUAACCUUAGAUAAGAUGUGGUGUGUAAAUUGAUAGGAACACAAGUACUUACCUACAAAGGAAUCUCUUUUUGGCCAGGUUUUUCAUGUUUGCAUAUAUAUACCUGUGGAAUGUAUUCCCGGUUACUUACAGAAAUGAUACAUGCACAGUGUACCAAAAGCCAUCUCUCUAGUCCAAAGACCAGAGGUAAUGCAUCACAUAUGAUAUCACAGACAGUGGAAGAGGUCUUAAAAAGCACACCUGGAAAGCAUUUUGGAUCUGUACCUCUAGGCUUUCUGGAAUGCUUUUUCUGUCUUUGGUGAAAGAAAGGAUACUUGUGCUUGUUUACCCAGGGCCUGUAUGACUUGUACCUGCAGUUAUAUCAUCCUGUACUAGAUGUUUUGAUCAAAUAAAUGUGCACCUGUUUUGGGAA